CGGACACGAACAUCAUGUGGCGUCAGUCAGCCAUCAGUCAGCCUUUUCUGUGUCGACCUCACUUGAUCAGUGCGGUCAGUGCUUCAGCUCAAUGUCACUCUGUUUCUCGAUGUCAGCUUGAUCAAUCCUGAGCUCAGUGGCCCUUGGUCGGCCGGAUCGUUGCUGACAUGGUGGUCGUUGCUGACACACACACACACACACAGACGCACUCACGAGUGCGUGUGGAUACGCAAGAGAAUUCAGGCGGGCGGCUUACUGUUGAUCCACUGCGUCACUUGCUGGUAACUUGCGGCCAUGGCGUCACUUGUGGUCAUCUCGCGAAACAACUCCUGCAGACACAUACAGAUCCUCCGCACACAGGGGAUCACAUCCACAUGCAAUGUGUCCCCCGCCCCGCCCGCUGACCAUGAUUUCGUCCUGUGUGGGUGGUGGUGUGAUGCCCUCGAGUGCGCCAGUCAGCUCGGCCGCCGUGACCGUGCCGUCACCGUCCACGUCGAGUGCCCUCAACAACUUGUCCAGCCGCUGAGUGUUCUUGCGCACGCGCUGAACACAACACACUUAUGGACAUGCGACAUGUUUGCGUGUGUCGUGCAUUCCUUACCUCUUCCUCUGUCUGUUCCUCGCGACGCAGGAUGAUCAACACCAACGCGAUGAAUUCCUCCCGCGACAACAAACCCUGGCAAGGUUCCAUACAUGCAGCUGUGUGUGUGUGUGCUGUGUAUAUGUGUGGUUGGUGUACGUUCUUGUUGUAGUCGAUGGCGUCAAACCAUCCAUCAACCAUCUUCGUGACAUCGCCCGUACCCAAACGCAGCACACCGACCAUCGACACGGCACUCUGGUCACACACGCACAGCACAAAGGAUGUCUGGUGUGUCUCCGUGUGUCUUCGUGUCUUGUGUGUGUGUGUCUUGUGCUGCCAGCCUGUUUGGUGAUCUGUGGCUCGGUCUCUGUGCUGGGCUGCGUGGCGAAGGCGUCGAAGAGGCUGUUGAUGAGCACGCGCACCGACUGCGGCAAACGACUGCACACACACAGACAGAUGUGAGACGGAUCGUUGUCUGUGUGUGGUAUCUGUCUGUGCUCACUCGAAGAGUUGUCCGAUCCUCCUCUUCUCCGAGUUGACGUCCUGUGCGGCGGGAAACGCUCCGAGGCUGGCCUUGUGCUCCAGGUAAUCGAUGAACUGCAUGUGGCGGGCCAGCUGGCGACGGAAUGA